UUGCAAAGCUAAAUCUUAUUUUGGUGAAGAACCCUUAAAGUUAGUUUAUCCAAGUGCAGAUUGAAGGAUUUGGAAGCUUGAAAAAAUAUGUCGGGGAAAUCUUUGUUUUUUGCGUUCUAUCCGCCUACACUAUACUAGAGGGUUGAACUCCAGGCUGUAUAUACAGGCAGUAGGUUACCUGCCGGCUCCAAACACACAUACAUCCAUACUUAGUGACGUAGUAGACAAUUCGUGGGCGGACAAUUAGAUCAGGCUCAAGAUAGAUAGAUAGGGAGCUAGUGAAAGGUUUAAAAAUGUCUCGGGAUUAUCCAGACCCUGAUAUGCAGAACCUACUCAAUGCUGCACGCAGAUACUCAAACUCAACCCAGAGCAGUUCUCCUAAACCCUUCUCUAGACCUGGAGUAAGACCGGAGCAGGAGCAUAGAGGAUCCUUAGGGAGUUCUAGACCUAGCUCAAGAACGGAUCUGGAGUUGAAAUCUGCAUUCGGAAACUCUCGUCCUAGUUCCAGGUCUGAGCUACUCAUGGAGAGCAAACGUCCGUCCCAGGUUGAUAAUCUUAUCAUGGAGGAACAGAAACGUCGUUUUUCGGAGGCCGGGGUCAAUCGGCGUCCGUCGGCCGCUCAGGUUCUCACUGAGGACACAGAUUCAUUUAUUAUCGGGCAGCGGGUUUAUGUGGAUGGUGUUAAACCAGGCAGAAUUCAGUUUAUUGGAGAAACUAAGUUUGGACCAGGGGAAUGGGCUGGAGUAUUCUUAGACGAACCAAUAGGUAAAAAUGAUGGAUCUGUAAUGAGCACAAGAUAUUUUACAUGUGAGCCGAGACACGGAGUUUUCAGCAGAUUGUUCAGAUUAACAAGGGACCCAAUAGAGGGGGCACAAGAGAUACUGAAUCAGUGUAGAAGGUUUGGAUAUGAGAUCGUGGACAUGCCAUCUGACCGACGAGGUAGCUUCAACAGUGGAUCAAGAAGAGGCAGCAUUGAUCGAGGUUCACUAAGCCCUAUGAGGAGCUCAACGCCAGAGUCUCGGAGUCCUCGGAGAACCCCUGAACCCUACUCCAGAGCAAGUCCAGAGACAAGAAGAGGAAGCAUUGGUUUAGUUGACAGAAGAAGUAGUUUCGGAGAACGGCACAACAAUCUUGGAAUUCCAAGUAGAAAAUUCACACCGGGUAAAUCACCUCUUGCCUCACCAAGCAAUAAUAUCACAACUUAUAGAGAAAUAAAGAUAGAACGGGACCCGGAUAUUGAAAGGUUGGCAAAUGAAGCUCGCCGGCUGUCAAUGGGUGGAAACCUGAUGGAACGGCGGGGGUCUAAUGCUGUUGAUGUCCAGAAUCUUAAUCGGCGAGCUUCUGAAAAUCGACUUGGAGUAUCUCCUGGCAGACCAACUGCUGUUUCGCCCAGACUUGGAUUUAACAGACGUCAAUCAGAGCAUUUAACAGAUAAUGGUCGGCGAAGUUCUGAGUCAAGCAACACUGGCAGAUCAAGUCCAAUGGCUCCCAAUCAUAUAUGCAACAGCUCCAAACCUCCAAGUUUCUCCAGGAAACAGUCAGAGUACUUGACAGAAGGCAGAAGGGGUUCUUACAGUGAUCCCACCCACAGCAGUAUGGCGAAGCGAGAUAGUAGUCUUACAAGACGGGGUUCAGGGGCAGGAUUUGAGAAGCAUGGAUCUAAUGCUGACUUUAACAGCUUACCCCGUCGCAGAGGCUCUUCAGCCAACUACUCUGGGUAUGAUAGUCUACCAAGACGGGGUUCUAACGCAGGCCUCUCUGGAUAUGAUAGUUUACCUCGUAGGGGUUCUCAAGCAGGAUUGGAAAGAGAUAGACGUUCCUCCUCAGCUCAGAGGACUUCAGAGGAGGAUGCAGAGCUGCAACGAAGAAGGUUAUCUGAGGCAGGGCUUCGUCGUCCCUCUGCUACUGAUAUUGUUCUAAACAACAACACAGACGCACUAAUGGUGGGUCAGGAGGUUUGGGUUGACGGUACUAAGAAGGGACGCAUUGCCUACAUAGGAACAGUACACUUUGCCAAGGGUGAGAUGGCUGGAAUUCAUUUGGACCAACCAAUAGGGAAAAACAACGGAACCAUCAGCGGUCGACUUUAUUUCCAGACAGAACCCAAACAUGGUCUGUUUUCCCGCCUGCACCGUCUAGCUCUAUACCCCCUUCCCGAUAAUGGUUACGAGGAGUAAGGUGAAGAACAAUUGCAUAUUUCAAAUCUCUAGAAGUCUGAAAAGAUUUAUAAGAUAUUCAAAUUUAAAACAUUUUUGUCGAGUAUGAACGUGAAGGUAUCCUGCACCAGGUGUGCACAGUGCACACUUUUUGCGUAUUGAAAAUGUAAAAUUUUGCGCGCAAAAAGCACGGAUUGUCCAUGCUCUAUCACGUCUAACCAGUGUGAGUGCUGUAUAACAAUCUUUAGUAUUGACUUUAUGUUAAAUGAUGCCAAUCAGAGCCAAACCUAACUAAUCAAUUUACAGAAGAGGUGUCCUAAAAUAAAUACCGAUUUUUAAAAGUUCAAAAAUUUAUAAACAUUUUAAAGAUUCUUUUCUUAAACCCAAAAUUAAUGUGUCAUCAAAAUGAAAUUACAACUGAAAAUUGAAUUAUUCACUUUUAAAUACGGAUUUUAUUUUGAAACACCCUAUAUCUAUAUGUAUUCUCUUGGAGAAGCUUAUCAUGCUAAAUCUUACAUUCAAACACUUCUCUUAGUCAACACCAAACUAAAACAAACCUCAGUUUAAAAAAAACAUGACAAAUUUACUUUUUUAUGGUGACACUAAUGAAAACAAAUUGGUACAAACAUUUAUUUAUCCUUAAGCUUAAUAUUAUUCAAUUAAUCCAUUGCUACUGUAUUUAUACUUUAAAAGAUAUUUAAAGUUUUGCCUGAAGGACCUCGAAAAAGAUGCGCCACGUCUAGCCCCCAUCCCCCAAAUUCAAAUUUGGAGGGGCAUCAAUCAAU